AUGGAGGCAAUUCCUGCAGCUGGCGAGCCUCUCAGGCCUUCGAUGGUCAUCUUUGACUGGUUACCUCCAACUGAUCAAUAUCAGCCUGCAGGGCAUCCAUUGUCUCCUCAAACUCCCUGCAGAGGAGAAAAAGUGCGAGAGAGCAAGGUUCUCGUCCAGUUUAGUCUGAAUUUUUUCCACUCGUUCAUCAGCAUCUUUGGUGGACGUGUCGAGCUUCUUCUCCAAGAGGCUCAGGCGGACAUGCGCCUCACUCAGCUCCUCUCCCUGUAUUCACACGAAUCAUACUCUCCUUCCUGCAUGGCUGUGGCCAUUUUGUUCAUGGUUGCAAUGACAGAGCUGCAGGACUGUCUCAGAAACUCUGGCCCAUCCACACCAUGGGAGCCAUAUACCUUGGAGAGAAGCCUUGCACGCAAUGUCCUCAAGUUUGAGAGCGUUGAGGCCCUCCUGUUCUCCCAUUGGAGCUACCAUUUGAGCUCCAGCUGCAGCCACUUCCUGGAGGACUGCAACUACCCGUGUCAGCUGUCGUCUGCAUUCAGAAGUGUCGAGGUCCUUCAGAAGAACGGCGAGACCAGAACUCUCCUGUCCUGCUGCCAGGAAGGCCCGCAGACGGGCUACCUCCACUCCCAUACAGUCCAGGGCACUCUGGGUGAACUGACGAGAGAGUGUAACAGAAAAAGAAAUGAGCCUUGGAAUGAGCAGCAGCACCAGAAUACAGUCGUGAUCGCCACCGUGACGAAGGAAGGAAUCUGGCAUGAAGGAGCGGUCCUUUGCUUCCUGCGCCUCCCGGGCUUCCUGUGGAGUAACAGGCUCGGCCUGCUGCUCCUGCAUCUUGGUCUUCCACUCCUGCAGCUGCUCCAGCUGGAUCUUGGUCUCCAGCUUUUCCUCCAGGUCCUUGACUUGACCUCGCAGCGACUCCUCUUCCUUGGAGGGAUGGGUGAGUGUGAAGAGGGGAGUUGGGAAGAUUAG